CAAAGUCGGGAGGAAUAGCCGACACAUAACGAAUUAAAUCCCAAAAAGAAACGGGUUGUCUAAAAAGAGAUUCCGUCUGCAUUAAUUUUAUACUUGUAUCUUUUGCAGCAUGAUAACCCUCGGUCUUGUAAGUAAGAGACCAUGCAGAGUAUUGAACGUCAGCUGGAAGGGCAAGUGAAUGUCGUAAUAGAAUACGACAACUUUCAAGUACUUUUGUAUUUCCAUCAAAAGAAGGAUGUACAAGCAUAGUUGCACAUAACUGAACAUAACAUGCUGGAAAUGUUGUGGAAUAAUUUGUUGUAACCGCAUGAAUUAACAAGAAAAGUGCUUUCUCGUACAAUUCUUCCUCCAAACAGAGUUCAACAAGUGUCUUCAACGUACGAGAACUUUCAGAAACUGUAACUUUCUGCAUCGCACGAAGUAAUUAAAAAAAACUACUUACUCAAUCUUCCUUUACUGAUGUGGUUAAAAACGCUUGAUGAUACAGCUUCAGCGUACGGUCCUGAGAUAACAAAACAGUACAAAGACGAUUGAAAAUCGUAAUUAAUGAGUUAAGACCCAAUCAAGAUCUUAACUUAAGUCUAUACCUUAGGUGGAGCAAUAUUAAUAUUUACACAGUAUUUUAUAUAGUUGUUGCUGUUACUCCUCUUUUUCUUUGAUGAAAUGAACUUUAGCCUUUUCAGAAUGCUUUAUUAAACAGCUUUGGACUGUCAUAAAGCCGCUUCCUCAGGAACAAUGAGUCCACAAAAGUUUGGAGAACGCUGGUAUUAGUUUGUCACGAACCAACAUGGCAGAUUUUCAAGAUGAACUGCUAGCUUUAGCUGGUGUGGAUGACAGUCUUAAUUCUUCUAAAAGCAGAAAAAGAGCUUUAGACAAUUCAGAUGACAGUUUUAGUGACUCGGAUGAGGAACAUAAUAACGAGUUGAACGAUUUUGAAGCAUCAGAUAACGAGGGUUAUGAAGAAGAUGAUGAAAAAAACACUUAUGAAGAGGAGCUACUAGCUUUUGAAAAUCCUUACCGAUUGGAAGGCAAAUUUCGAGAUGAAGAAGACCGUGCCAGGUUAAUGGCUAUGACUGAGGUGGAGCGCGAGAGUAUUCUUUACGAACGUGAAGAGGAAAUAGCGAAGUUGAAUGAACGACGCGAGCUUGCCGUUCGUCUUCGUAAACAGAAAGAACAAUACUCUCAAACAUCCGCUAGAAGAUCGACUCGUGAAAAGCUAACAUCUGAAACCGCGGGCAAACGAGACAAACUUACAGAGCUUAAAAAAAGACGUCAGGAGCGCUCAAAUAAAGUCAACACAUCAGCUAGAAAAGAGGUCACAGAGAAAGCAUAUUCUACUAGUGAAGAUGAGGCUUCUUAUAGCGAGCAGGAAUCUGAUGCCUAUUCAGAGGGGUAUAGCCCACGGAUAGUUGAAACACAAUCUGCGGUGACUUUAGAUGACGUGAAUACUAUCAGGCUGGGACGGAAACAUAUCGUUAAGUACAUGUUCCAUCCAUUAUUUGAAUCAUGUACCGUUGGUUGCUUCGUCCGUGUGAAAAUUGGAGAACGCCAUGGUGAAAGCGUUUACAGAUUGUGUCAAAUUAAAGGAAUUUCCAAAGGAAAGAAGGCUUAUAGAGUUGAAGGUUCACUUACGAAUGUAAUGCUAGAAUGCACACAUGGUCGCUAUCGACGAGCAUUUGAUAUUUCUGUGUUAUCGAAUGAACCCUUCUCACAGCAUGAUUUUGACCGCUGGCAACAUCAAUUGGAGGAAGAUCAUCUUCGUCCUCCGCGCAAAGAUUUUUUCAAAAAACAUCUGGAAGGACUACAACGUAUGGCAAGUUACAUCUUGAAUGAUACUGAAGUAUCAGAAGUCGUGCGAAUUAAACGCGAACUUUCUCGCAUUCCUUCCAACAUCAGUGCCGAAAAAACAAACCUUCGUAUGAAAAGACAAGCAGCACUCGCUGCAAAUCAAAUGGAUUUGGUCCAAGAGUUAGAUGAACGUCUUAAUACACUUGAGGAGCUGUCCAUGGGCUCUCGCCCCAAUGGUACUUCAACAUUGGAUCAGCUAAGCAAAGUUAACGAACGAAACCGCCGCAAAAAUCAAGAAGAAGUUCGUCUUGCAGAAAAACGCAUGAAUGAUGAACGUCGUCGAAUGACCGCAAUGGCCACUUUUAAAUCUGUAAACUCAGUCGCAACCGAUGUACUUACUGAACCCUCUACAAAUGCUCCUAGCAAUGUAUCUUCACCUUUUACCCACCAAACUCCUGAGCGUACACCUUCACUUUCACCAAAAACACUUUCUAAGGCGUCCACACCGGCUGUGGAGCUCCCCAGCUCAGUGAAAGAGAAAAACGCUGUUCUCCGUCAAAAAGCUGUUAAUGGCGUUGACAAUUUAAUUGCUAACAUGGAUUUCGACAUUGAGCUUGAUAUCUAGAGCUCAAUGUUUAAUAAAUGCAACUACCUAGAUUGACUUGUCUUUUUCUUCACAAAAAUUUGCCUUCCAUGAGUUUAGAAAACACUAGUCUUUGACAUCGAAAAAAAGGCUUAUGUUCGUUUUUUGUUAACCUUAAUAUUCAUAAACUCAUCUUGUAGUUUUUGUCAAUUUCUUCAUAGUCACCAAGCAAAAACUCGUUGGGUUUGCAGGGAGUUGAGACCUGCUUUACGACUUUGUUGAAUUGAAUGUGUAUUUUGUUAUAGAUCUCAUACUUUAUGAUCGUGCUAUUUAUCAUAGACUCAUUUUAGACCCAAUUUUUUCCGAUGAUUAUAACAUCC